CAUGAUAAACUUGCUUUGUCGCUACUUAAGAUGCUGGAGAUGAUAAAAUAUGAAAAGUCGACACGGAAGAAAAUACAAAUCAGCAAUAUAAUAGACAUAUUAUGCAAUAAUAUUUCAUUUAGGUUUCAAUUCACGUAAUGGAUGUAUACUUUGUUUUUGUGCUAGGGGUGUUGGUUACCGGAGGUGAAGCGGCUGUGUAUAACGAUGGCGAAGGGAACAGUGGACCAUCGCAAAUAGGACAGAUUUUUCCAAGAUGUGAUGUUGGUGAAACUUGCACUAUUGACCGGAACUGUCGGGCACCAGAUGGAACAAGUUAUUGUGUGAAAGAGUGCCCUGCAGGACAGUCAGAAUGUACCCUGUAUAACGGUACUUCUGGAUGUUCAUCAUGUUGUGAUGGUGUUCCAGAAUGCGCAGACCUGUCAGAUGAAGAGUCUUGCAAUAAAUAUAAAUGUAAAACAACAUGGCGGAUGGUAUUCGAACAUGACUCAAAGGGAAAUGUCUUAGCUGGAAGUAAGUCAGACUUAAAGAACGCUGUCAGAAGGGGCGCUGAAAUUAAAAUGUUUAGUGGACAUUAUGUUGACAGCGCAGACACUACUCUGAUAGUAAGAGACGAAGUAUGCGUACAGAGCCUUCAUCAGGUUUCUAAAGCAUCAUGGGCAGCGUUCCAGGUAAAGGCAUAUUGGUGGUUUACGGUUGCUUGUACGAGCGGAGAUUUCUCGAUGUCACGGUGGUAUGUUGGAGACCACACAAAACCAGCUGACAGUCAGGCGGCUUAUGGAAUCAAGUGGUUUGCAAGGGAGGUAGAAGACAAACAUAUGACUGCCAUCCCAGCGACCGGAAAUGAUAUCAGUGCAGUGAAUGCACAUAUUCAAGCUGUUAAACAAAGUGGUUAUGGUGUGACAGUUAAAAGAGAAUACAAAUCUCUUAACAUUGAAAAAUAUUACAGAGCAGAUAACCUUGAGGUUUCGUCAGAUGACAAAGAGAUUGUUGCCCAAACAGUUUGGAACUUGCGAAGAGAAAAAUUUAAGACUGUAGUCAAAAUUUGGACAUCAGGUCAUUGGUUGUUUCAACAUUUUGCUUCAAACGGACAAGUCGAAGAAAGUCAAUAUCUGGUAGGUGAAAACAGACGGUUCUCAAUCGAUUCAAGCAAACAGGAAACGAAAUGGUACUUUGAUCCAUGUUGGCAGUUCGUGUAUUCCCAUGAUCAGAAUGGAAUCCGUAAAGGAGGGUCAAUACUCGAAUUGAUUAAUGCAGUUAAAGCUGGACAUCGUGUGAAAGUAUUGAUAAAUAACAGAAUAUCUCAAGCUACUAAUGUAAUCGUAAAAACAGAUGUAAUUACUGCAUUUCUACCAGAUAUACUUAAAAAAUCCAGCAUAGAAACGCUAGAGGAUCCGACAGGCGCUAAAGGGAAAUGGGAUAGGAUGUUGGUAAAUACAAACGGUAAGGUAGAGACCGCAAAUUACCUUGUUGGCGAGGGACAGGGCACGGUGUCAAGCUCGGCUGCCGAUAUGAAGUGGUUUAUAGACCGUCGAGAAUGGAAAAUGGUACUUGAUGUUGGACCCACUGUAAACAGUGGCUCAAAAGAACAUUUGGCAAAUGAAAUUAAGGAUGGAGCAGAUGUACGCUAUUCCUGGAUAGGUUCCACUGGGGAAUAUACUUUUAUGGAAGCCGACAACAUCGAAUUUGAUGGUUCUAAACCGGACUUUGGUGCCCAGCACAUACGUUCUGUGCUUCUUAAACCAAAUGGCAACGAAUACAAGUUUGAUGUCACAUCUAAUAAGCUCACUUGGUUGUUUACAAUAACGACUAACUCCGGCGUGGUAAGGAGCAGUAAAUGGAUUGUUGGCGACCAUGUAUCCCGUGGACAUUCCACUGCUAACAACAGGGUGAUGUGGUUUAUCGCCAAAUAACUGCUAAAAGGAAAUGUAGCUACAUGUAUGUGAUUAAGGAGGGAAAUAUAUUAGAUUUAUUUUGAUAAUUGUAUUACACACGCUUUUAUGCAUGUAUAUAUAUACCUUUUUGCAUUACAUGUGUUUUAUUGACAAUUCAAGAAUUGGGUAUCAUUACUGAAACAUGUCAAUUUUAGCUGAAAGUUUUGUAAUAGAAAGAACAUCGAAACAC